AUGCGACAUCUGUGUUCGAAGCCCGAUGGACCUCCGUGUUUACUUGUUAUUGAUGGUGUCAACUUUCUUUGGUGUCGUGGUACCAGACUGAAAGAUAAAACGUUGCACACGAAAGUCACAGUUGAUCGUCUGGCCAUUGUACAUCAUCUGAGACGUGCUUUGAAAGCAGACUGGCGUCAUGGCGCGUGCAUCACAUCGCUGAAUAUACGCGGAGCAUGGCCAUCAGACCGUGAAAAAUAUACCCCCGGAUAUUUGCUGGGUGCUGAUGGUUUUAAAGCCAUGGAUCCGUUCAUUCCCGUUCCUGUGGAAAACUACACCCCAACUGAGCUGGACGCUUGUCUAAGGUUCUACGCAGAAAACCAGUGGCUCACAAACCCAGCCGCUCAGACCGAUCACGGCCGAGCCCAGAUCGCUUUCCUUUCAGCCAACAACCCCCGGGAACUAGACCGAAUAGUGGCUGAAUGUACCUCUCCCGUAGAUUCCAGUCGUAUGAACGCAUUGCGACGACUUCGCGACUGGCUUUCCGCGACAGAUGUGCCUCUGAAACCGGCUUUUGGAGGUCAAGCGAGUACGGUGAGUGAAGCGUAUAUGACCACACACGAACCGGCCACCGGUUUGCCUCUGGUCUAUUUCCGGCAAACAACCCCGAAAGAAUUGGAUAAUAUUGUGUCCGGUGCCAUUCAAGCACAGCGGGAAUGGUCUUGUCUGGCACCUCUAGAACGAUCCAAGGUGAGUUGA